GGCCGUCAUUUCCGUCGUGUGUUGUGUGCCUCUGCGAGAGGGAGAGGAGGGGGGAGCCAAGGAAGGAGGGAGCGAGGAGCAGGAGCAGGAGGAGGGCAGGCGAGCCAGCAAGCCAACCCGCCCGCCAAAGCGCUCUCCUUCAGCGGAGCCGAGGAAGAAAAGAAGCCUGCGCUGCGGGGAAGGAGAGGGAGAGAGAAGGCAGGCAAGCAGGCACCUGGGCCCUCGAGGGGGGCUCUCUCCCGCCCUGCCUUCCCCGCUGGAGGGCCCGAGCCAGCCAUGGGCAACGCCGCCACCGCCAAGAAGGGCAACGAGAUUGAGAGCGUGAAAGAGUUCCUAGCCAAAGCCAAAGAAGAUUUUUUAAGAAAAUGGGAAAGCCCCCCUCAGAAUACUGCUGGUUUAGAAGACUUUGAGAGGCUAAAAACUCUUGGAACUGGGUCAUUUGGCAGAGUUAUGUUGGUGAAGCAUAAAGCGACAGAACAGUAUUAUGCCAUGAAGAUACUGGAUAAACAAAAAGUCGUUAAACUGAAGCAAAUAGAACACACGCUGAAUGAAAAAAGAAUAUUACAAGCAGUGAACUUUCCUUUUCUUGUAAGACUGGAGUAUUCUUUUAAGGACAAUUCUAAUUUAUACAUGGUUAUGGAAUAUGUUCCUGGGGGUGAAAUGUUCUCACAUUUAAGAAGAAUUGGGAGGUUCAGUGAACCACAUGCAAGAUUUUAUGCAGCCCAGAUAGUCCUAACUUUUGAGUACCUCCACUCACUAGACCUCAUUUACAGAGAUCUAAAACCUGAAAACCUUUUAAUUGACCAACAAGGAUAUAUCCAGGUCACAGACUUCGGGUUUGCAAAAAGAGUAAAAGGGAGGACUUGGACGUUAUGUGGGACUCCAGAAUAUUUGGCUCCUGAAAUAAUUCUCAGCAAGGGCUACAACAAGGCAGUAGAUUGGUGGGCCUUAGGAGUGUUAAUUUAUGAAAUGGCAGCUGGAUAUCCCCCAUUCUUUGCAGAUCAGCCAAUUCAGAUAUAUGAAAAAAUUGUUUCUGGAAAGGUACGGUUCCCAUCGCACUUCAGUUCAGAUCUUAAGGAUCUACUAAGAAAUUUACUCCAAGUAGAUUUGACCAAACGAUAUGGUAAUCUCAAGAAUGGAGUCAACGAUAUUAAAAAUCACAAAUGGUUUGCUACUACAGAUUGGAUUGCUAUUUAUCAGAGAAAGGUAGAAGCCCCUUUCAUACCAAAAUGUAGAGGUCCUGGAGAUACCAGCAAUUUUGAUGACUAUGAGGAGGAAGAUAUCCGCGUGUCUCUAACAGAAAAAUGUGCAAAGGAAUUUGCUGAUUUUUAGUACUUGCUGGAGGAUAAGAGGACAUCAGGGCUCAUGUUGGGAUCUUUGCACUCUGUAAACUCAUGAGGCGGAGCUGAGACCAUCAUAUGUCAAAACAAUUACCUAGUUACUUCAUUCCACAAAGCUGACUGAGGUCUUUAUUGCCAUCUUCCAUGUGUGCAGUUUGCACCAACCCUUAUAACUAGGCACAAUUAAGCAAGCACGGUUUGUGCUGUAACACAGAAUAUAGACCACUUUUCCUAAUUACCUUUUUUCUGUCAUUUUGUUUAAUUUCUGUGUAUUGUUGAUUUCCCCCUCUCUUCCCCCCUCCUUUUAAAAAUGAAGCAGCCUUUUACCUAAGAAUGCUCCAUUUUAUUUCGAAUAAUGUAUUUGUGUGAAUAAUGAAAUUGAAGGUAUUUUGGCUAGUAUGACUUUAGACUGAAGUGAAAGAUAAAUGUUGCUUCUAGUCUUUGCCAGCCAGUCCUCCCACGUCUGUCUUUAUGUCUGAAGCUACAGUUCAUAGGUUUGUAUUUUUUUUUGUUCGUAGCUCAGACUAAACCUAGCCAACAUCAUUAGCAUUUUUGAAGGUAGUAUUUAUCGCCAUAUGAGUGUAUGCUAAUUGAUUUCAACACAUCAUCCUGGAGACUGACCAAACUUAGUAUCAAAAUUGGGCAGUUGUGUAGGGUACAGUAGCUAGACCCCGUGCCUUGGUUUUCUACAUGCUGGCAGUUCUUCCUGCCUCAUAUUUCUUUUUCCUUCCUGGGCAGUAGGCAAGUGCACCAUAAGCAUAUUCUUGUGCCACGAGAAGCACAGUCUCAGUAAGCAGGAACAAUUCCAUCCAGCCUAAAUUUUGGACCAUGUUUAACCAUGCUUUUAAGUACCUGCAUUGCAGUAAGUAGCUGUUUAAAUGGGUUUUUGAAACACCUGAAAGCCCGAAAGACAUAGAUUAAAAAAAAAGAUUUGGUCAGUAUUGUCAGAGACUAGGACUGGUUUUUAAUAAUGUUGGGGCUCCUGAAGUAUUUCACAUUUCAACCCUUUUUUAUUAAAGGGGAGGAAAGCUCUUUUUGUGUUUUUUUAAUCAAUCUCUUUAGCGAUAAGAAUAAAUGGUUUUGCAAAUUGAAAAUGUAGUGUUUAAAGUAUUGAUGCGUUGCUAGAUAAACCUGGUAUUUCUGUUAGCUGUGAAGAAUAAAAGAAGUAAAUGCCAAGUUUUUUUUUAUCCUGGUAUACUAUAUUAGUAAAUCAAGGAUGGAGUGCUGCUCCAAUCAUGGUUAUCAGCAGUGCUUCAUUUGCAUGGAAAAGAGACAAAAGUUUGAAACUGCCGCCAUCCAUAUCUGUGCGGUGGGAGUCUUCAUUUCUAACCUACUAGUGAAAUGGGUUGUAUGGUCAUACAGGGAAUUGUUCAGGUUGCAUUCAGUUUCAUAUUAUCUAACCGACUGACUUAAAGGGGUAUUGCUGCCAUGUGUUUGCUUCCAGCACUUUCCUUACACACUUAUUUCAGUGUUUAACAAUCAGUGGCUUAGCACACCUUCUUGUGCUUUUAAAUUUAUCCAUACAACUCUUUAUGGGCACUCCAUUUCUGCUUUCUCUCAAGAUGGCUUGUCUUAAGAGGGCACAUCAGUGUGUUUGAAAUAAAGUUGGCUCAUGUUUAAUAUGUUGUCAAAGGCUUUCAUGGCCAGAAUCACUGGGUUGUUGUGUGUUUUUUGGGCUAUAUGGCCAUGUUCCAGAAGCAUUAUCUCCUGACAUUUCACCUGCAUCUAUGGCAGGCAUCCUCACAACCUCUGAGGAUGCUUGCCACAGAUGCAGGCAAAACGUCAGGAGAGAAUGCUUCUGGAACAUGGCCAUUCAGCCCGAAAAACUCACACCAAUCCUGGCUCAUGUUUGGCUAUCAAUUUACCUGCAUACAAGAAUGAAAUGUGUUUUUUUAAAUUAACUAACCUAGAUUUCUGUGUAGUCAUGGUGUUCUGUGGAAUGCCAUUGCAGACGAGACCAUUGGCAUUACUUCUUUUUAAUCUCUACAACACUCCUUUAACGAAACCAACAGACAGACGACAUGUUUUUCAGUCUGGAAUAGGAUGUAUCAUGUAACAUUACGUAUGUCUUUUUAAGUUGUCAAGCCGUUUUCGCACAUCAUCCUUUAGGAGUCUUGUUUUGCCAUUUUUGUGUGUGUGUGUCGUCUCCCUCCCCCGGCAAUGUAUGUAUAAGACAAACAUACAAUACUUUUGCAGUAGCAAAUUUUAUGUAAUAAAUAUCUUGUCACAUGAAUAAAUUUAAAGAAAUUAUUUGUAUGAAAAAAUGUUAGUCUUUUGUAUUUCAUCUAGAUUGAGGACGCACUGUUGUAUGCUAGCGCUCUAUGCGAUAAAUUCUACAGUAAUUUUAUUGUUUAUAGAUUUUAACAAUUUUAACAAAUGCUGGAGAUCACCUUUUUGAUUCUGGUAUGAAUUUUAGCCAAUUCUUAGAUUGGAUAACAUACAGGACAGGCGUCUGCUGUAAAACCUGCUGUGAGACGUUACUCUGAAUGUCUGUGUAGGAGUCCAGAGGAUGGAGUCCAGAAUGUCCGAGAUCCGAAUCCUCGGUGGACAUUUCUUUCAAAAAAGCAUCUUGUUUCCUUAUUAUUUCUGCUUAUUUAACGUUUCAGAAAUGGAAGGUAAAAAUAAAUCUUAAAUUGGGGUACUAGACUGGAAAAAUAAAAAGCAUUGGGCCAAAAGCUGUGGAGGUUGCCUUUUCAAGGCAUUAAGAGUAUAAACUUGGCAAUAGUUACAUGACCCUAUGAUUUUGAUCAUACAAAAGCCACGUGACGACAAUGCUGCCUGUAUUUAAUUUCAGAAUCCUUCAUGAUCAUAUGAAAUACUGUAUAUUUGACAGUAGAGACUUGUUAAUUUUACACAAUUUGAGGAAUUAAGUGUUGGACUGUAUAGUAUCUUUUAGCUGUAUUCUCGUUGUAUGUAACUCUCAUUUUCAACAUAAAGGAUUGUAUCCCAUUAAGUAAAUUGCUUCCUUUAUUUUCUUGUCAGCUCCAUUAAAACCCUUAUUUUUAAAUCCUUUAA